AUGGCCUGGAUCCCAGUUCCCACAACGUCGAUAUGCCCCGCCCCCAAACGGCGAGGCGAAAAAGUUGGGGUUUUGAUGGUGGCGAUCGUCUGGCGGCCCUCCUGCAAAUCACCAUCCACGCUCGCCAAGCUAUUCCUUAAGAGCAAGCUCUUGCGAUACCUACGUAAAGCCUUUCAGCCCAGACUAGCCUGCGUGCCCCCAUGCCUCCUAACUCUUCCCCGAAUGUUCCACGGACACGAGAACAUAGCGCGGACCCUCUUACUCGCAUCCAUCCCGCGCUGGGUCUCGACAGCCACGCAAACUAGCGAUAGUCCCGCCCGCCAACAUCUGCCCUCUCAAGCCAGCCCGCCUGCAUGCCUAUCACACAAAGUGCCUGUUACUAUCUUACCUACCUCUGAAAGAAGCCGCCGCCUGUCCGAUGUCUCAUCCCUGCACGUCUAUCUCCCGGAAGUCAUCCCAGAUCCACGCGAGUGGCAAAACUACUUGGCGAUGCAAUGGAAGCUUCGAAAAAGUUACCCAAGCUCCCUCCAUGCGCGACGGUUCUGGCCAGUUCCAACCGGGAUCAACCCUCCCCUUGUCCUCAAUCCUCCGGCUUUUUUCCAGAUGCAUUUUCUCUAUUCCGACUUCUACCCUUCAACAUUACUGUCAAGCAUUAUUGCCGCCAGUCUAACAUCUUUACCGUCAAGUGACUGCGGCGCUAGGUCGCUUCCCCUGUCGCUCAUCUUCAAUAUUCUCCGUAACAUCACAGCCAUGCUCUGGUGUAUGGACACUCCAUUUUUUCCGAUUUUUUCAAGGCCAGGCCGAACCAACUUCAUCUUCACGAUCCUAAUAACCAACAUCCACCCAUCUUGCACUUUUGUCACCACCCUCAUCAUACCCGCCCCUCCACAACGCAAUAUGUCAGGAUCUAGCUACUACCAGCGUCCCGCUCCGAGGUACGACGUCCAAUCUCUCACUUCUCCCCUUGCACCCUGUCAGACCGAUCCUAUUGCCUGCCAGCUACUCUCAAUAUUCCACGUCUGCAAACACCGGCGGGCAGAGACGCGAUACACCUGCCAAUCAAACGUCAUAUACUACCACAAGCUACUCACGCUCAUCCGACCCGAUGGACAGAUUCUGGGCAAUGGAGUUCGGCAAGUCGUCGCUAAUACGACCGGUUGGCUCUUCGAAGGAUUUGCUCGAUACCCACCCAGCAUAGCAUUUCACAUUGUGUAUCACCAUUCGAGAAACCUUGAUUCCCCGCAAAAUAUCUACCGUCCCUUGACUCCCCGCAUCACCACCUCACAUCGUCACCGACCAAGGCCGCCGCAACGCCCCAGGGAAGCGCAAAAGCAAAAGCGAGCAUCCGCAACAGCGUUGGAACUCCUCCACCUGGGCUCGAACCAGGGAUCUCCCGAUUAA